AUGCUUCUGGAGGCUUCCCCCGCAAGGUAUAAUCUAAAGAACCAAACAAACGUUGUGGAAUUCUGGAUAGUUGGGUUUGAAAAUGUCCAACAUUUUAAAACUGUACUCUUUAUACUAUUUCUGAUGAUUUACAUUUUAACAGUUACUGCAAAUGUCAUGAUUAUUUUAUUGGUGGCGUCUUCCAGGUAUAUUCGCUUCCCUAUGUACUUCUUCCUCAGUCAUUUGUCUUUCAGUGAUCUCAUCCUCACAACCACUAUCGUACCUGAAUUGCUCCACGUCAUCGGAAGAGAAGGAAGUACCAUCCAAUUUUAUGGGUGCUUUGCCCAGUUUUACUUCUUCUGCUUGUCAGGUAUGUCUGAGUGCUUGCUCCUGGCGGUAAUGUCCUACGAUCGAUACUUGGCCAUUUGUAACCCAUUGCGUUAUUCCUCCAUUAUGGAUAUGAAGCUUUGUGUUUAUCUUGUGAUCCCACCGUGGAUAUUUGGGAUACUUUUGGCUUCACCACAUAUUAUAUUGUUAAACCAGUUAUCAUUUUGUGAUUCAAACAUCAUUCAUCAUUUUUUCUGCGAUCUGGUUCCACUUCUUAAUCUUUCUUGUUCUGACACAUCGAUAAAUCACAUAGUACUCAUGGUUAUGUCUUUGCCAUUUUUAUUUCUUCCAUUCAUUUUUAUUACUAUAACUUACAUAAACAUUACUAUUGCCAUCUUAAGGAUUUCCACCACCACCGGGAGACGAAAAGCCUUCUCCACCUGCAGCUCUCACCUGACCGUUGUAUGUCUAUAUUACGGGACACUGAUAAUUAAUUACCUCGUCCCAUCUAACAAAGAAUAUUUGGGGUUGCAAAAUCUAGUUUCUGUGCUUUUUACCAUAGUAACUCCUUUGCUGAAUCCUAUUUCGUAUGGACUGAGGAAUGAACAGAUUAGAGGAGCAUUAAUAAAGUUUAUCUUAAAGAGAACGAGAACAAUGAAAAACAAACUGUAGAGAUGUCAAAAUGGAAGAGGUGACCAUCUUUAUUGUAGUCUAAAUUUAUGUUAAAAAGACUUGUUAUAGCACAACUGUA